GUUUAACUAAACCCAAAUGCUUCUCUCCCGUUUAUAUUUAAGAUCGGUCUACCUUGAGAAAAGCUCGAGUUUUGGGACAUUAGCGAUUACAUAAUUUUGUAACCCUAGUUUGCUUUUGAGGACGUGAUCGGUGUCCAAGUAUUGUAUGCAGAGAGUGUAGAUUUUAUUCAGUUACUGAGUGAUGGGGGGUCCGAAGAUCCAAAUCAAGGGGUCUCUGACUGCCUCAGAUCCCCGUAAAUGUCCAGUUCUUAUAAUUGGCCAACUCCGUCAUCUUACUGCACUGCCAUUUAGUGAUGUUUCAAUGAAGUUGCAGCCAAGAGUUGAUGAAGAGGCAUGGAACCUCUCUGUGAACAGUUUGCAGCCAUCACCUACUGAUUACUGCUCAUUAUACCUCAACUUAGCUACGGUAGCUGCACUCCCUGUGAAGUGUUCAAGGCACAAUACUCCUUCUCGAACCCAUUCUAUUACGAAGAUUAUUAAAACUCAUUCGACUGGAACUGAUGAAUGUAUUGUUCUAGUUUGUGAACGUGCUGAUGUAUUUGCAAGUGUAUGUGGUGUAGCAAGAGCCUACCCAAUUUUUUCUCGCAAAACAGCUGCCGGGUCAUCUUCUGACCAUAAUGUCACUGUAGAGGUGCUAUUUGUUGGUAGUGGUGAUUCACCAUUAUCAGAUGAAGAUAUCAGAGUUUUAAAUGAUUCUGUGUUUGCUGUACGACUUGCUGCCAAAAUUGUUGAUUCACCUGCCAAUGAAAUGCAUACUGAUGGUUUUAUAGAGGAGGUUCAGAAAGUAGGCCAAAUUUUGGGGAUUAAACCUUCCAUAAUCCGUGGAGAGGAGUUAGCAACCAAAGGAUUUGGUGGAUUGUAUGGUGUUGGAAAAGCUGCUGUACAUCCCCCUGCCUUGGUUGUCUUAUCUCAUACACCACCAGGAGGCACAGAAAAUUUGGCGUGGGUUGGCAAAGGGAUUGUGUAUGACACUGGUGGACUCAGUAUUAAAACCAAGACUAGCAUGCCUGGAAUGAAAAGAGAUUGCGGUGGUGCAGCUGCAAUAUUAGGAGCAUUCUAUCUGGCUGUUCAGGCGGGGUUUACUCAGAACCUCCAUGCCAUUUUCUGUCUAGCAGAAAAUGCAGUAGGACCCACUGCAACAAAGCCAGACGAUAUUCAUACGCUUUAUUCAGGAAGAACUGUAGAAAUAAACAAUACAGAUGCAGAGGGUCGAUUAGUCUUAAGUGAUGGUGUAGCAUAUGCAGCAAAAGAUCUGCAUUGCACAACAAUUCUGGACUUGGCAACUUUAACUGGUGCUCAAGGAACAGCCACUGGGAAGUUCCAUGGAGCAGUGUUAACAAAUAGCCAAGAUUGGGAAGAAGCCAUUAUCAGUGCAGGUCAAAUCUCAGGCGAUCUUGUCCAUCCACUUCCAUACUCACCAGAACUUCACUUUGCAGAAUUUGCCUCAGCUGUUGCAGACAUGAAGAACUCAGUUGCAGACCGUUCCAAUGCAACUUCAAGCUGUGCCGGGCUUUUCAUAGCUGCUCAUCUAGGAUUUGAUUUUCCUGGUAACUGGAUUCAUGUUGAUAUGGCCUAUCCAGUUCAUUGUGGAGAACGUGCAACUGGUUAUGGUGUUGCACUCUUACCAACGCUUUUUGGACACCACUCUCGAAGUAGAAUAUUCCGCAACUUAGCUCCUGUAUCAGCAGAAAAUGGAGACUGUGAAAAUGACUGCAAGGCAUCAAAAAAGAUGAGGUUAUCCUAGUAAUAUGUCUGUAAUAUUAGUAGCUCAAAAAUAAAGUUUCAAAGGGGGCAUAUCUUAUUUUAAAGUUGAAAUAUGACCAGGAUGUAUUUAUGGUACUACACUCAUUUCAAGAGUUCUGUGGAUGAUGUUCAAUAGGGUUCUUAUGCUCAGACUCAUAUGUUCAUUUGACAUAGCAUGUACCUGUAAAGUAAAUCUAUACUGUAAUUUCAAAUACAAUAUGAAGUCACUAUAUGCAUUGUUCAAAUACCUCUCCUAUGUAUAUUAUAUGUAAUAUGUUAGACAUGAAAAAACUACUCCUUGGUGCUUUUCAAGUCCUAGUGGGACAUUGCCAAUAACUUGUAAAGUUUCAAUUUCACUGAAGUUUCUAGUAUGUUAAUUUUCUUCAAAACACUAUCUUACCCCUCCAUCCCUCACUUUUUUCUUUUUUCAAGUCCUUUGAUGCUUGAUUUCAUUUUUAUUAUUCAAUUCUUGGAUUUUUAGGCCUUCCUUUAGAAUCACAUACUAGUCAGUCCUUUGAAGAAGACUGAUUGUUGAAACAUCAUUAUAGUGGCAUCGUAUUGUAUCGUUUUGUACAAGUUACAAAGGUUACCCAUCCUCGCAUAGUCAUACUGUACAUGUGUAUUUUUUGUUUUUAUUCUAUUUGAUUUGCAUGUGAAUGUGGACUGGGGAUAUAUAUGCCAUAAUGAUAGUGUUAAUCAUGAUACUGGGAUGCUAAUAUAUUAUAUACAGUGUUAAUCAUGAUACUGGGAUGCUAAUAUAUUAUAUACUAUAAAGUUAUAAACACAGGCAGCCAUAAAUUACAUAACCAUAUUUCUAAUUUAAUUUGGGUCAGAUUUUGGUGCAAUCUUGAUAGUACCAUUAUUAAUUAUUAAGGUUCCACACACAGCUGAGGCACUUUUGUUUAGGACUAAGGUGGACCAUACUUAGGAGUUGUACUUAACCAGGCCAUUGAAAAUUUGCUCAUAAUUAAUUUUCAUUUAUGAACCCCUGGUGUUGUGUGACACUUUUGUAAGUUUAUGACUAUUGCCUGUUUUUGAAAUUAUAAUUAAAUAUUGAAAAUGACUUCCAAACCAGCCUGUCUUAAGAAAUUUUGGUUCAUUUUAAUAUUAGGUUCUUGGAUUAAAAGUGUACCCAGGUAUGUUUUAGAAGUUUUAGAACAGAACCAUAGUCACAUCAAGAAAGGUAGAAGUCAAGAUAAAAAAAAAAUAAGUAAUACCUGUCAAGUCUAUCUUUAUAGAGGCACAUAAUAGAAAAAUGUAUUAAUUACUAUUUUUGUAAUGAAUUUCUAGUGUAAGAUUAUUAAAUUCUUCUAAUUUCUAAUUAGUCUAAUGAAGUUGUAUUCGAUCUUGAGUUUGUAUGGCUUACUUAUUUUAAUUUAAUGAUCUGAAUUUUUAAUCUAUUCAUAUUCCAAAAUCUUUCUCUUAUAUUUUCAAAAGCAGGAAUGCCUCAGGUUGCAUUGAGUACCAUUAAGUCUCAUUAAUGUCUGUGUGCACAUGUGCAUUAUUCAGUGACAACUUAAAAAGCUGUACCUCAUCCAAUAGGUGCCUUCAUCUUAUUAUUUCUUUUUACAAAAAAAAUUUUUUUUUCUUUAAUUUUUUAGCAUUAGCAAGAUGUAGAUAAAAAUUUAUUUGCGUACUUAUCUAAAUAUUGACGUAACUUGGUUACCAAGUUAUAAAUAAAAAUACAAGUUUGCUAUAAUUCUUAAGUUAUAGUUAAUUUGAAUUUGAUAAAAUAAAGUAUUUUUAGUAAAAAAAAUUUUAUUUGCAUCUCAACAACCUUUAGAACAUGCAAUACUGUUGUAAUAUUCAACUGAUGCGAAGCUAUCCAUUUCGCAGGGUAAUUAUAAGUUGCAUGGUUGGAUUUUUGAGUCAAGACAUUAACUCGCCCAUGUUUAAUGUUAGUAGUACUGAGGAUUACCAGUAUUAUGUAAAUUCAGUAUUUAAUUAAUUCAAUGCAUGUUGCAUUCGGUUUCUUAUUACAUGAUUUCCUGAUGCCUAAUUUUCAGUAUAUAUUGUUAAAUAUAAAUGUUGCUUUGAGAAAAGAAAUGCUAAUGAAUUGCAAGGUAACCACUAGCAAAAGAAAAUAAAGUCAAAGACAGAA